AGCUGGUAGGUCACAAUGAUCGGAAGUCGAAGAAUGCUUCUUUUUCAAAAGGUAAAUUAAUCGUGGUCGGCAUUAAAUGUUAAUAUUCAGUGUUGUGUUAUUCAAAAGUGUACAGAAAACAUGUAUAAUACAAUCAUUGCAAAAAAAAUUAUGCACGCAACAUGGUUCGCGUGGCAGAAAUCGAAUGAAAAUCCGACAAACUCGGUGCACAUUUUUCUUUUUUCAGGUUGACCACUGCCAAGACCCUCGUGAUCAUUGAAAACCCAAACGCUACGUCAAAAUGAAUGACCACUUUCAUGUCCUAAAUGAUGCUUACAGAAGUUUAUUGUCGAGAACAUCACCCAGCAAAAUGAGUAGCCAUGAGUUGGCAUCCUCCAUGUUCACUUGUGUAUGUGAACUGACUCCAGAUGCCAGUAGUGGUUCUCAGCAUCAGGACCAGUCCAGAGAUCCCCUAACGUUCUCCGAAUAUUCUCAGAACCCAAAUGGAACUGAACUGGCUUGUCUUGUGUUGACCCUGGUGGAGAAAAUAAGCACCAAGCUGACAUCUCAACAACUGUCUCAAGAAACCAGCCUUUACUUCAAAGAUGUUUCUACAGUAUUAUUCCAGGAUAUGGAUUUCAUGUCCAAACUUGUGAGUUUGGUUUCCUGCAUAUGAUUGGAAUAUAUAAUUGCCUUGUCCUUUUGUUUGUGUUUGCUUAUAGUAUUAACAUUUUUGUUCCCCCACCCCACAGGUUCACCUUGUCCGCUGCAAGGACAGGUUGCUGUCUCAUCUAGCUGCAAAGAGUGUAUCCUCCUAUGUUAUUUUUGAGCUGCAUUGCUUUGUGAGUAUUCUAAUCGUCCUCAUGUUUUUUUUGUGAUUUAAGAGUGUAUUGUAUUGCAUAGUCAAGUAAGUUAUAUUGCAUACUAGUCAAGUAACUCUAGAAGUUCUGUGUGCAUCAGACAGUCUCACAUUAGAUGACCCAAAUCUGUCACCUGAACCUGUAAAAUCACAUUUACACACAGGCCUACCAGGCUUUAUUUAAGUAGAUUGUUCCUUAUUGAGGACAGAUCCUGACAGGUGAAUUCUUACAUUCAGUUCUCUUUUUUCCUGACUAGAAUACAGUCAACCAGAUUUGGAAAUGGAAGUGCUUGCAAGUGCUCCAGAACCCUUGCUCUGGCAACGAACUGGAUGCAUGCACAUGGUCACUUACCACUGUCCUGAAAGCAGUUUUAAAAGAAACAUCAGAAUAUAAACCUGGUAUUGAAACACAAUUCAUCCAUCAAUUGUAUCAACAUGUAUGUUUUAUUUGUCCACUAUCUCCAAAUAAGUUCUACUUGGUGCCAAAUCCUAUGUAUUUACCAUGUGUUUACAUGGUAGACCACCCAUACGUAAAAAUGUAUGCACACAUGACUGUAAGUCGCUUUGGAUAAAAGCGUCUGCUAAAUGGCAUAUUAUAUUAUUAUUAUUAUAGUUAGGCCACUAAGCUGGAACGGCGUAACUACAGUGUGGCUAUGAAUGUGUUUACAUUGUAAUUGUGUUCUACCUACCUAUGCAUCUACCAUGUAAAUUCAAUGUACAUUGGUUUUAGCCACAGUGGGGAAUUAUCUUUCUUUGCCCCUCAGGGACUUUGGAGAAACUUCUUGCCACUUUCGACCCAGCUGUCACUUCUGCUUACUCCCAGCUUGUCCCUGUAGAGAGAGCGGGCCAUGGGGACUCUGCAUCAUACCCCAGUAAUAACACGGCAGACUGGGCUACAACCCUGAGUAACCUCCUAGACUUACUGGAAGUGCUCACUGCAUCCAGGUUCAAACUAAGCACCACCAGUGUCUGUUUCACGAGCUCAAGGCUCGCCCUCGUACAGGCAUCGGCGUUACUGCGGAUAGUAGACUCUCACGUCGACUACUUUGUGAAGAAGCGAGUGCUUCUGCUAUUAAAGAGGAUUCUCCUUCAGAAGGCGGGAGAGGACAUGGCUUUGGGAGAGGCGUCCUCCCUAACGCAUGGAGAUGAUCACAUGACGAGUGACAUUCUUGCGCUGGCUGAUGAUGUGUUGCGGGCGGUGCACGCUGAUUGGUUACAGUGUGUUCCGGUGGAGUCCGCGGCCAUUUUCUUUGGAGGGACGGGCCAAUUACGUGGCGGGAGCAGUGAUGAGUUCGAUCAUGUGAUGCUGAGGGCUGUUAGUCUGGUUGUGCUCAAGUCACUGGAAUACAAAAUCCAAUCCGCUGGGGGGAAAGGUAAUAAUGGACUAUUUAUAAACGUUAUUAACCAGUCCCACCCUCGGUACUAUGUUUAUUCUACUUUAAAGGUAGACUCAGUGAAAUGACGUUGCCACGAGCAGCACCGCGGAUAUUGAGAUGAGCGACAUGCAAGAAUCCGCUCUCACACAGUCUCCACAGUCUCACACAGUAUCUGCGCAUGUGCACGUUUUCUCUUCACGCUGUUAGAGCCUGCUAGCCACGGGACCCAAACAGGUUAGAAGUUGAGCCUCGCGGAAGUUGUUGCGGAAAUUACCCCACUAUGCUGUUUACUUUCUGCAGCUAUGUCAUAUCGCUGAGUCUACCUUUAACAUUACUCAUUUCUAAAGCUGAAAUAAUCAGGAGAAAAACAUCAUAUGAUGACAGGAUCGAUAAUUCAGACAGAUGCUUUGCACAAUGUAUACAAUAGGGGGCAGUGUUUCCCAACACAUAACACGCAAGAACAGUAUUGCACUGUAUUGUCUCGCUCAAGGUAAAAGUUCCUCAGGACCCCUAACCGCAGGUCUAGAAUCAGAUUACCCUACCCAAAUCCGAACCUUAACCAUUAUGGCUGUGAAAAUAUCUGACCCGGAAUCAGUGGGUCGAGGCAACUUCUACCUACUCUGUCCAUUCACUUCUCUCUGGUCCCACAGGUGUACGUAACACCAUAGACAUCCAUGGCUAUUUGAGUGCGUUGCUGUUGUUCUUGAGCCAGCGUGGGGUCCAGCUGAAGCAGGGAUCUCACUCCUGCUGCUGGGUGUCUUUGGUGUUUGGAGAGCAGGACGACGACAUGAUGGAAGCAGCCAAGGCUUUACUACUAAUAUACCUCCAUCACAGGUACCAUACCACCUCAUACACACUUUAAUACUAGUAAUAUACCUCCAUCACCGGUACCAUACCACCUCAUACACACUUUAAUACUAGUAAUAUACCUCCAUCACAGGUACCAUACCACCUCAUACACACUUUAAUACUAGUAAUAUACCUCCAUCACAGGUACCAUACCACCUCAUACACACUUUAAUACUAGUAAUAUACCUCCAUCACAGGUACCAUACCACCUCAUACACACGUUAAUACUAGUAAUAUACCUCCAUCACAGGUACCAUACCACCUCAUACACACUUUAAUACUAGUAAUAUACCUCCAUCACAGGUACCAUACCACCUCAUACACACGUUAAUACUAGUAAUAUACCUCCAUCACCGGUACCAUACCACCUCAUACACACUUUAAUACUAGUAAUAUACCUCCAUCACAGGUACCAUACCACCUCAUACACACGUUAAUACUAGUAAUAUACCUCCAUCACAGGUACCAUACCACCUCAUACACACUUUAAUACUAGUAAUAUACCUCCAUCACAGGUACCAUACCACCUCAUACACACGUUAAUACUAGUAAUAUACCUCCAUCACCGGUACCAUACCACCUCAUACACACUUUAAUACUAGUAAUAUACCGCCAUCACAGGUACCAUACCACCUCAUACACACUUUAAUACUAGUAAUAUACCUCCAUCACAGGUACCAUACCACCUCAUACACACGUUAAUACUAGUAAUAUACCUCCAUCACAGGUACCAUACCACCUCAUACACACUUUAAUACUAGUAAUAUACCUCCAUCACAGGUACCAUACCACCUCAUACACACGUUAAUACUAGUAAUAUACCUCCAUCACCGGUACCAUACCACCUCAUACACACUUUAAUACUAGUAAUAUACCGCCAUCACAGGUACCAUACCACCUCAUACACACUUUAAUACUAGUAAUAUACCUCCAUCACAGGUACCAUACCACCUCAUACACACGUUAAUACUAGUAAUAUACCGCCAUCACAGGUACCAUACCACCUCAUACACACUUUAAUACUAGUAAUAUACCUCCAUCACAGGUACCAUACCACCUCAUACACACGUUAAUACUAGUAAUAUACCGCCAUCACAGGUACCAUACCACCUCAUACACACUUUAAUACUAGUAAUAUACCGCCAUCACAGGUACCAUACCACCUCAUACACACUUUAAUACUAGUAAUAUACCUCCAUCACAGGUACCAUACCACCUCAUACACACUUUAAUACUAGUAACAUUGAUGAACAGUAAGAGUAGAAUGGCUGGUUUAUAAUACUGAAACACUGACUGAUAGAAAUACUGUCUUUUGGCAAUGUGGCUUUCUUUUGUAUUAAUUCUGAAUUGUAGUUUUGUCAGGGGUUGGUUUGAUUCUGCUCAUGAAAAUCUGACCUUUUGAUUUGGAAAUCUCUGAUUAUCUGAGAUCAGUCACCCACAUAAAGGAGUAGGUUGGGAACCUAAUUGGACCAAUUUCCUACCUAGACACUGGACUAAAAACAAUGCUCAAUGCAGAUGCUAGCAAAUCCAAGAUUAGUCUUAUUUUGUGUCCGGGAAAACAAGCCUAUUAUGUCCUAGAGAUGUCUGACUCUUCUGUCUGUCUUCCUACAGAGUGACCUCUGACCUGGAUGCUGAUGCUGCGUGUGUCGUCGGCGGAAACCCCCACUGCCACUUUCUCUUCCUCCUCCGCAGCAUCUCCUUCGACCACAGCAUUCUCCUCGAUUUCCUAAUCUCAACGGAAACCUGCUUCCUCGAGUACUUUGUCCGUUAUCUAAAACACCUCCGGGACGACUGGGAAGGGGUCCGAACGGUCUGUCAGAAGAUGGAUGGGUCGGACCGGUGUAAACUGAGCUGGAAGAUUAGCCAGAAAAAUGAUAAACUAUUGGACAACCUGAGAGAGGAACUCCAACAGUCGUUGUGUGUCUCUCGUGGAAGCGUGUCUACUUCGAGCCAUCAUGGAGGAUCAGUCACCAUUGUGGACCCAGAGCCAGCUCAGUGUCUGCAGCCCAGCCUGUGUCUGCCUUCAGGGAGUGCAAACACCCUGGCCUCUCCUCCCCCUCUCCGUCUGGUGGACUACGGCAGCUCAGAGGAGUCUGAGACUGAGGACGGGGAUCUCCCAUCAGUCCUUACACAGGAUAGGCUACACAGCAACUCUGUCAUUCACACACACAACAGCAACACUUUUGAUAGGAUGGUUAUGUGUCUGACAGAACUCAGAGUGGUGGUGACUAGACUACAGAGGAGGAGUCUGUUUCCUUACAAUGCCACCUCGCUCUUGAAACUGCUGACACAGAUUGAAGCGAAGAGAUGUUCUUCACGGCGUUGAACUCCGUAAUGAUGAAAUAAAGGUUACGUGGUGGUAAAUGCAUUUGGUCUCCUCAUUUGUAAUUAUAUUUAGGGUGGUACAUUUCCUAUAAAUUUAUCAAAAUUCCCAGUUUAAAUUGCGUUUGGAA